AUUCGCGGAAGUAAUCAAAAGGAAAUGGGCAUUGUAUUCAUUGCGAUACGUGCCAAUGCACCCUAGAAUAUUCAUAACAUGAUGAUAGAAACUCACAGAUAGAAACAGUUUUGACCGUCUAGACAUAUCCAGUAAAUACUGUACGAGUAAAGCUGUAUUCGGCGAUUGAGGCUCUAUCAUGGCUGUCGGCAAAACACUGAUCUUGUGUGUAGUGUUAUUUAUCACUGCUUCUUGUAAGGUUUUCCCCGGUUCUGAUAAACGCGCCGCUAACCAUGGUCAAAAUGCAAAAGAUGUCAUUCUUCCGACUCCGGUUCCACUCGACUGUCUGAAGUGUAUUUGCUUUGUGGAAUCCGAAUGCAAGAUGCCCAACCCUCUUUGUCAGGUGGACGUCGGAUCUUUGUCAUGUGGUCCUUACCAGCUGAAGCAAGACUACUGGAAUGACGCUAGACUCAAAGGCGGUGCACUCGAUGGAUCUUGGCGAAAGUGUUCUGGUGACUUCAGAUGUAGCGGAGAUGCAGUCCAGGGCUAUAUGGCGCGCUACGCUGUCGAGACGCGCCUCGGUCAUAUCCCUACGUGUGAAGACUUCGCCCGCAUACACAACGGCGGUCCCUAUGGUUUCAAUAAGACAUCAACCCUGAGGUACUGGGCUAGGGUGAAAGAGUGUCUCCAAUAAAGAAAGAAAGACUCUGCAGCCAUGUUGUCCUAUGAUGUAUCUGGUGGAUAUCAUUCCGUUCUAAAUACGCUGAUUAAAAUUUUAGAGAACGUUGUUUAAGCUCGUCACUCUAACAACUUUUUUAAACAGUAACGCGCCAUGAUGAAAAUGACCAAGGUGUGAACUAAAAAGAAACCUGUCUAUCGCCAAUUCCCAAUGCGUUGUUAUUUCACAAUAAUCAGUUACGUAUUUUUCAACAUUUAUUCAAAAUGCAGGUCAUGAAUUUUAAACAAUAUUGCCAGAAAUAAAGCCAACACAAGUUUAAACAGCAUUGGUUCUUUAAUAGUUAUUUGUAGUUGUUAGAGCGACGGGCUAAGAAAAAAUGUAUAGUUGUUUAAAAUACCUUCACUCUUCUAACAUUCCAGGUGAUCCUGUAUUGCACGCCAUUCUUGCCUUUGCUAUAAUAUUCCACGGAAACAUGUGAUGCUGAAUAGAAGUUUUCAUGAGGUGAUUUUUUUUUUGGGGGGGGUGGUAGUCAGCCUUCGGGGAGAAAGUCUGCGAUUGAUUAUUAUCAAUUUAUACAUAAAUUAAUAUACUUCCAGGUAAUAUAAGCUUGUUUGGUCAUCAUUGCUGCAUCAAUUUUUCACAGUCACCAGAAGUAAGUGUUUGCAGCCUCGUGGGCAUGGUGGGUGCGGGAUCUUGACCACUACGGCUGACGCAGGCACGUAGUCGAAGACGGGAUCCGACUGUCGUAAAACAGAAUAUAGGUCCUGAUUAGACUAUUGAGAAAAUAAUAGAGGCAUAUGCAUUCAUCUAUUUAUCUGUUUAUUUAUUACAAUUUUAUAAUAUUCAUUCUAGUGUAGAACACAUUUGCCCCAUGACUAAUUAUUUUGUUUCCGGCAAGCCAAUCAUAAAACUCUAAGUAUACUCUUUAAAGUAAAAUACAAACUCUUAAUGUUACACUACAAAACGUCCGGUGUUGAUUUAACGUCAGCCCGGAAUCUGUAUUAUGUCCACACCAGAGAAGUAUUGAAACAACAACAGUUUGGAAUCAGACCGAUGCUGUUUAACACUUCUCUGGUGUGGCCAUAAUAAAGAUUCCGGGCUGGUGUUAAAUCAACACCGGAGUUUUGCAGUGUGUAGACGACAUCUCAAGCAAAAGGACCCAGAAUAAUGAGAAAAACUCAAUGAGCUUAAGGGAGCUUUCCUUUCGGAACAUCAUAGUUUAGCCAAAAUAAAGUUUCGAAAAUCACACUAUUAGCGUUCACUAAUAUUAGAUAUUCCGAAGUUCCGUUGAAAUUAUCAAAUUUUUAUCUUGAAUAAAUCUAUAGUCCUUGUCAGCAUGGUCAAUGAUUUAUAAUGCCGAUUGUGUAUACGUAUCCAUUUAUUUUUAGCAUGUUGAAAGACUAAAGCGGAACCCUUCAAUAAAUUUGUUUUCUAAUUUGCUAUACCGCUUUUUAAAAUAAACACAUGCACAAGCCUGUACCAAUAA